AUGGGCCCCUGUACCGCCUCCUCAUGCUGCUGCCAGGCCCGUAAUCUGCCAUGGGCCCCCGUACCGCCUCCUCAUGCUGCUGCCAGGCCCGUAAUCUGCCAUGGGCCCCUGUACCGCCUCCUAAUGCUGCUGCCAGGUCCAGAGUGUCUCAUGGGUCCCUGUACGGCCUCCCAUUGCUGCUGUCUCCAUCGCCACACUCUGCCAUGUGCCACUUUCAGGUCUCCUCACACUGCUGGUGGGUUCCAUUUUUGUCAUAGGGUGCUGUAUGGCCUCCCAUUGCUGCUGCCUCCACCGCCACACUGUGGCUCCACACUCUGGUUUUGGCCCCGUGACUGCCCAAAUGAGUGAAGUGUGCGGUGAUUCUAAGAUCGACGGCACUCAUCUGCAUGUCAUACUGACUGACAGUAUUAUUUCUCUUCCCCAGCAGACUCCAAGGGCAUUUAAAUUAAAGGUACAGUGUUCUGCACUAAUAUAA